AUGACACCUAUCUGGCGGAUGGUGACAUUGUUCAUCCCUAUAUAUUGGUCGUUAAACUGGAGUCGUCUCAUCGGAGACCUCUGUGCUGCUUCAUGGGCAUCGCCCUUGAGCGAACUCGGCCUUUCCGACCUCCCGAAAGUAGCAGCCCCCUAUUCGCCCUACCUGUCGCCUCUCAUCAUCCUGGUCGCCCUCUUAAUGAUGUCUUACCAGUCUACCUGGCUCCACGACACUGGAAUCAAAUAUUUUCCUCUCGAUACAUCAGAGGCUCUUGACCGCAUGUACGGCUCUCUCGGUGGCAUCAUUCUUACUCUGGGCAUCCUCAUCUCCCCACACGCUCGCUGGACACUUAGCCGUUCGCCGCUUCUCUGGCUCCGGAAAGUCAGUUUCGCCAUCUACCUUCUUCACGGAACGUUCUUGCGCACCAUAUUUACGUCGGUCCUGCAUUUUGGGCAUCCAAAGACCCUCGUCCCCGAAUACAACGCGGACGGCGCCGAGUAUCACGUCGAAAGAUACCCGGUACCGGGAUACUUCCAGUGCGCCGUCGCAACCGUUGUGCUGGGUGGUUGUGUCGGCGUGGCGAGCCAAGUUUGGAACAGAAGAUUAGAGCCGGUAUUUGCGACGAUUACGAGUAAGCUCGAGGUAAUGGCGACUGGCAAGCCCGAGCCCGAAACCCGUCCCAACGAGAGCACGAUUCUACCCCGGCGAAAGGAUUGA